AUGGCUACUGGAGCCAUACUGAGGAACUGGUUCGUGCCCAAAGAUGGCAUUAACCGCCAGGUCAUCUCUGCAGACAUACAGAAAUAUCUAGGCAAUGAUGCGACCGUUCGUCCAGGCAAAGACAAGGUCAACAACAAAGAGAUCGAGGGCUACUGGAUCAAAGCAUACAGAAACCUCACUUCGGAAAUGAUCAAUGAUCUCCGAAUGGCCUCAACCAAAUGGGAACAGGAACAGCGUUCAGGCAGAAGAGGGAAUUACGAAGACUCGCACACGUACAGGCAAGCUACAAAUCCUGGACUAAAUGGUAAUGGUCCUUAUCGCGCCAGCACGAACUCGCCCCAACUUGAUGGACCUUAUUCUACCCCUAACGGCCAUGUUGCUCAUGUUCCCCAAAGGAUGGCUGUCCCGGACAUGGCCUCUUAUGACGAUCCCAGACGGAUGUACGCUCCUCCUCCCCCCCAUUCUACCGCUCCUGUGACCACUGCCUUCGGAGAUCCCUCCAUGUAUGUUUCGCACCAGCCUCGGCAGGCACCCAAUGGAUACGGUCCCCCAGGAGAAUUCUUCAACGGUCAUCCAGGUUAUGCUCAUGAUGUUGCCCCACCCCAUAUGAGAGGCCCUCCUCAGUAUCCUCCUCAGUAUCCCACCGGACAUAGAGAUCCAAGGGACGAUCCCAGAUAUGCAGCGGAGUACCAGGAUCAGAUGAGAUAUCCCAAUUAUCCUCCAGUCUCUGUCGCGCCCAAUGGAGGAGCCUCGAGUCCGCAGACCACAAGGUCGGAUCCUUAUCUAACCAUGAGUGCUGCGCGCGGACUGACCCCGCCUAGUAACUACCCUCAACCUCGCAUGCCGCAAUAUGAUCAAUAUGGGCGCCCUUAUCCUCCUUCGACUUCGAUGCCUGAGCAGCCCUAUCGUCCAUCUCCUGUAGAUCCCUCAUAUCGUGAACGCCCAUCUGCUCCUCCCGGCUCGGAUCGUGGUGCUCCCCGUCGUAGGAUCAACUAG